AUGUCCAGCUUCCUUAUUUUUCUACUAUUAAUUUUUGGGAAUACUGUAAUUUCUGUCCAAUUGUUGCCACCAAAUUUGGCGAAUGUGUGCGCCACAAGACCACCAAAUUGUAAUCUUCUUUGCCCAUAUGGAUACAUUCGAGAUGUGCUCCAACAGUGUUUAUGCACAUGUGCAAUUGAUCCGUGUCAAACAACAUUAUGUGGACCAUCAGAAAGUUGCAUCGCAAUUGGUAUCAAACCUCGAUGCAUUCCUAAAUUUGGAUCAAAUCGCGAUGAAUGCCCAAGACUUACCGGCGGAGUUUGCGCAUUACGAUGUGAAAAAGACGCGGAUUGCAGUGGUCGUCUAAUAUGUUGCUCGAAUGGAUGUGGGCGGGAAUGCGUCGAUCCGAUAUCGCAUACUUUUCCAAUCAAAUCUGAAACGGCAGUGACCGCUGUGAAAUCGGUUUCUGCGCUUCCGAGUUCAUUUCAAAGGCUUAUCCACGCAGUGACAAAUAUUGCAAGCAACACACUCAGUACACCAUUGCCGCCAACAAUUCGAAAUAUUGCUUCAAAUAUUCUAAUGCCGUCACUCCCGAUUCGUCCGGAAAUCAUUAAUACCGCCAAAGUUGGACAAUGUCCCCCACCAACUGGAUCAUUGACGUCGUGUGUUGACAUGAUAAAAUGCACGAAUGACAUGGAUUGUGGAUCUGUGGAAAAGUGUUGUCCAAACGAAUGUGGUACCACAUGCAUGGAGCCUCUGAAAGCCACCGGAUGUAUUCAUAUGGUGCUAGCGAUUUCGAAGAUUCCAGACAAACGACUACCAAACGAGUAUGUGCCAUACUGCGAGAAAAAUGGACGGUUCUCUUCGAUUCAAUGCGACCUACAAUAUUGUUGGUGUGUCGAUGUUCAUUAUGGAUCAGAAAUCAUCGGAACACGCACCGAACGAGGACAGCGAACUUCAACGAUGUGCCAAAAUCCCCGACUUUGCGCUCAAAAAUGCCAUAAUCAUUGUCCGCAUGGCUAUUUGAUGGACGUGUUCGGAUGCCCACUGAGCUCUUGCAAAUGUCUCAAUAUUUGUCAAAAUGUUCGAUGCGAACAUUCGUGGGAAUCGUGUCAAUUGGUAGAGCCCGAUUGCGCGAAUCCGCCGUGUCUUCCCGUUCCCCGAUGCUUAUUGAAUCCAUGCCGUCAAGGUCUUCCCACAAAACUAAGCAACGGAAUCACUGCACUGUGUUCGAGCGAUAAAGAUUGCAUUGACAGUCGUUGCUUCAAAAUUGGGUAUAAUGGCCUAGGAUUCUGUUGUUCUGGAGAAGAACCAUCGACAAGAGACGGACGUUGUCCAAGCCAAUCAGCCGAUAAAUCAAAAUGCAUUAUGGAGCCGUCGUCAACCUGCUUUGCUGAUGCUGAAUGUCCCGAAGACGAGAAGUGCUGCUUCAAUGGUUGCACACUGUCUUGCACGCAACCCGAGGGAUACACGAUGCGAAAAAUGUCGACAAAUAUGAAAACGACACAUCAUUAUCAGCCUGGCGAUGUCGAGAAAUACAACAAGGGCCAUUUGAGUUCGCUGGUAGCAGAUUGUGCCGAUCAGAUUCCAACAAACGGAACAUGCUCAACCGAAUGUCAUUCGGAUUCGCAGUGUCCCGGGAUUAAACGAUGCUGCCGACAGGGAUGCUCGACGACUUGUAUGUAUCCGGUUAGAAGUACCCCUUGUUUUCAUCUUGCCCUAACUGCUGAAUUGUACUCGUUACGAACUGCAAUGAAAUGUGACCGUGCUGGAAAUUUCGAGCAAUAUCAAUGCGAUGACGAAGGAUGCUUUUGUGUGGACAUCGUCACCGGAGAACCGCUUCCCGGUUCGCGUGUUCUUGGAAGAAAACCGCAUUGCGAAAUUCGGAAUCCAUGCGAACCACUGGUAUGCAAAUCCGCAUGCCCCUAUGGAUUCGAGAAAGCUGAAAACUUCUGUCCAACAUGUAAAUGUCGGAAUCCUUGCGAAGAUAUCAAAUGCCCACAAGGAAGUGUUUGUGUGAUGAGCUCUGUGCAAUGUUAUCAACAAGGAAACUGUCCUCCGCAGCCAAGAUGUGUUCUCGAUUUUUGUCCAACCGGUGGUCCUUACGUUUCCGCAGUGGGUAAUAUUGAGAGCUGCUCAAAAGACGAAGAAUGCCCGUCAAGUACGCAUUGGUGUCAUUCAAUCGGUUUAUCGUCCGGCGGAAUUUGUUGCCCAUCUCCUGUCAGAGCACGGCACGUCGGCAGUUGUCCGGUUGUGCCGAUAAGUCUUGACGCGAAAAUGUGCCGAGUUUCAUGCCGUGUGGACGAUGAUUGUCGCAUGCAUCAAAAAUGCUGUUUUGAUGGUUGUGGGUCGAGUUGUCGAGAUAUUACUACUUCAUUGGUUGAGUUCUCGAAGGAGAUUUUCGAAAAACCAGGCACAUGCAUCACCGAGCAGCGGAUUUUGUGUAAUCGACUUGAGAAAAACACGUGUGAAUACGAUUCUGAUUGUGCCGGAGUUGCGAAAUGCUGCGAUGACGGCUGCAACAAAUCAUGCGCCUAUCCCCUUCAGACAAGCAAAUGCCUUGUGAGGAAGACAAACCUACAGAAGAUGGGACAAAUGGACUUGAUCAAAUGCAGGCCGGAUGGCUCGUUUGAGCAGAUCCAGUGCGACACAGAGUAUUGCUGGUGUGUGGAUGAGGAAGGAACGUACAUCGAAGGAACGAAAACCGGCGAUGAUCAAACUCCAAAUUGUCCCCCGCCAUGUCCGAAACACGAUUGUCGACCGAUCAAAUGCGAAUAUGGAUUCAAAAAGGAUUCGAAUGGAUGUCCCACGUGCAACUGCGUUGAUCCAUGUGAAAAUGUUUCGUGUCCAUCAGAUUCUAUUUGUGUUCCGACCUCAGUUCCAUGCGUUAUUAAGCCUUGCCCUACUAUUCCACGAUGCAUUAUCAAUCCUUGUCCGGCGUCGGAGACAAUUCGGAAUCAGACGUCGUAUCGUGUGCAAAAAUGCCUCACAGAUAAGGAUUGCUUUUCGCCCGUCAUGACGACGCAUUGUUCGAUGCUCACCCAAGAUGAUGGAUUCUGUUGUACUGGAGAAAAACAAGAUGUUCACGAUGGAAGUUGCCCGAAAAUCACGGAAGUCACUGCGGCAACUGUGGAAAAAUGUGUACAAGAAUGCCGAAAGGACUCAGAUUGCAGCGCGAAGUCGAAAUGUUGCUGGAAUGGCUGCGGACUGACGUGUGUGUCUGCGAUAACCAACUUUGUAAGAAACGAGGGAGAUUCAAGACAUUUUGGAGAAUGCCUGAAAGUUGCCCCGCUUGGAGCAUUCUGUCUUCAGAGACCAGCACUGGAAGAUUGCAAGGAUGAUUCCGAUUGUCCGUCAUUGUUAAAGUGUUGUUCGGAUGGAUGUGUUCGACGAUGCACCCAUCCUCAUAUCGCCCCGCUUUGUGUUCAUCAAAGGCUUUCUGCAUUGAAGAUAGCCGAAGACGACAAAAGUUCGGAAUCACAAGAGCUCCCAGGACAAGCAGUGUUCGUUCCCGACUGCGACACUGAUGGGGAAUUCGAUGAGAUUCAAUCUCACUUUGGUCUGAUGUGGUGCGUAAACGAGGCAGGAAUCGAAGUUCCUGGAACUAAAUCAGUCCGUGUUCCAAAUUGCGACAAACCCCGUCCAUGUCUGACAAUCAGCUGUCCGACUCAUUGCGAGCAUGGCUUCAAGACCGACAACAACGGCUGCCCGGUCUGCGAUUGUAUUUCACCUUGCGAAUUCAUAUCCUGUCCUGCCGGAAAUGUGUGCCGUCUGGUGCCAGUUCAAUGCAGUUCCAAGUUCUGUCGACCGGUGGCGAAGUGCAUCCCGAAUAUGUGCUCUCAUGGAGAACCAUUAGGAUUGGAGCAUUCUUUGCUGGCCACUUGCACACAGUCGAUGAUCUGUCCAACAGGAUUUUAUUGCCAGAACAGCGGAUUCUCGGAUAUCUCGUUUUGUUGUCCUGCCCCAGGACCACCGCAGAAAUCAUUGAAAUGCCCUCGAAUUCCUCUAAUGCUCUCCUCAGUAGAUGGAUCAUCUUGUGUUGUUGGCUGUCGACAGCACUCAGAUUGUCGGAACUCGUCAUGCUGUUUUAAUGGAUGUGGAACGAGCUGCCAAUUUGAAACAAAACAAAUUCCUAUUAAACCAGUGAAGAAACAAUUGUUGAAUAACAUCAAAAUUGAGAGAAAGGCAUCGAAAAUUGAGAACAUUGUUGAGAGCCAUGCGAUUUCUCCGAUCAUCGUCAAUUCGCCUACAAUUCUUCUCACCACCACACUUCCCGCAACAACAGUCAAACCCAAAAUAAUCAAACUCGGAACCUGUCCGAAACUCCUUAUCAACCAUGGUUGUACAGAGCAAUGCAAAGAAGACAAUGAUUGCCCAGGACUUUUGAAAUGUUGCCAAGCUUCUUGUGGUACUCUUUGCACAAAUCCAAGAAUAUCAACUGCAUGCAUUCACCGUCUGCUUGCAUUUGAAUUGCGACCGGAAAUCGAUGGUGUUCUUCCAUCUCCCACGCCAAUCCGAUGCAAUCCGGAUGGAUCGUUCAGAAAAUAUCAAUGUGACACAAGUUUAAAACAAUGCUGGUGUGUGAAUGUCGCCACUGGGAAUGAAGUGCCUGGGACCAGAACAACUGCGCUAAGCGACGAGGUUCGCAUCGAUUGCUCUCUAACUCGAAUCUGCUCGAUUAAAUGCGAAUCAUCUCAUUGUCCUUAUGGUGUCCGGCUGGAUUCAAACGGCUGUCCAUCGAACGGCGUUUGCGAAUGCGCAAAUAUUUGCGAUUCCUAUCAAUGCCCAUCCCAUAUGGAAUGCGCUCUUCGACGUGUCGAAUGCACUUCGCAUCCGUGUCCCGAUGUUCCAGCGUGUGUCGACGUAAUGUGUGCAAUACCACAAAGAGACAUUUAUCGAAACAUUUUGCUAUGCGAAAAUGAUGGAAAUUGUGCGAAAACGUCGAAAUGUAUAUUCACGAAAGGAGCCGAAUUCGGCGUGUGCUGCCAUCAGAGGCCAGUUCAAAACUCCGUCGUCAACGUGAUUGCAACGCCCAUUAUCACAACGACUUUGUCUAAUUUUGUGGAAGUGGCUCCCAUCGACACGCCGCUCGAAGACAUUGCAACGAAUUGCACCACAAUGCGAGGUGCCUUAGAAUCGCUCAUUCGUUUUGGAGCCACCAUUCAAGGAGCGCUGCCGAUUUGCGACGCUGACGGAAACUACUCGCGAACGCAAUGCGAUCCGACGAGCUGCUGGUGCGCUGAUGCAUUGAGCGGCGAAGAAAUCCACGGCACCCGCAAAAUGAAAAUAACAAAGAAUGCGUGCAAAUCCAGAUCGAUAUGCCUUUCAAAGUGUGCAAGAUCAAUGUGUCCGUAUGGUCUUCAGCUUGACAUCACUGGAUGCCCAAAGCCGGAAUGCAUUUGCAAAUCGGCAUGUGAGAACAUCGAAUGUCUGCCGGGACAUGUGUGUAUUCUCCGCAAAGCAGAAUGCAAUGGAAAGUGGUGUCUACCGGUGCCAACCUGCGAGAAAUCACCAUGCAACAGCGGAUUGAAACCACUUAUUGAAUCUCGAACUCGACAACAGUACUCGUGUACACAGAACACUGUAUGCCCGGUUGGGUAUUACUGUACCGCAUUUGACAAUUAUAUGCAUGGAGUGUGCUGUCCGGCGACAGAUUCCAUAAAGAGUGUGGGAAUUCAAAGCGGAAACUCUUGUCCUCAUGGAGAUCCUUUCUCUUCGCUUCCAGAUGGAACCCCGCACUCAUGCACUGUUCUGACGAAUGGGUGCCCUCCAACUCAUUACUGUUCGACAAUUCCUGGAAAGACUACUGGCGUGUGUUGUGUUGCCAAACGGCAUGCCUGCAAUCUCAAACUCGACGUUGGACCGUGCACGUCGAAACUGCCUCGAUUCUAUUAUAACUCGAUCACUCAUACGUGUGAUCCGUUCACGUACGGAGGAUGUGCGGGAAAUCUGAACAAUUUUGCAACAAUUAAUGACUGCGAGAAUUAUUGCGCCGGAAUUGGACUCGAUUUAUCAUCUCCAUAUGCGCAUGCGACUGCUCAGAUGCCAAUCGAAUCUUAUCAGAUCGCAUUCACAUUCACCGGACAAAGAAUCGAGCCGAAAUUACGACAAGAUGCCGAAAGAAAAUUGAUAAAUCUUCUUGUUGAACGAUUCUCGAUUCCACGUGGAUCAAUUGAAGAUGUCGUCAUUCGAGAUGACAACAGCGUCAAAUUCACAAUUCGAGAUGUCGAGUCAAGAGUUUUUGCAAGAGAAGUUUCCGAGGAGGUCUCGAAUGGAAAAUUGAGUAUUGCACUUGCUGGUCAUACGUUGAAAGCAGAACCACACACGUUGGUGGCACACCAUAUUGCCGAAGAAAGUUUCGCAAGAAAUAACGCAAAAAUGAUAUUCUACGCGAUUCUAUUGGCUUCGGCGAUUUUUGUGAUGCUUGCAAUCUGCGUUUUCUGUUUUUCAUGCUUCUGCUAUUAUCGCAAUCAACCAAAGGAUCGCGCAACGUCUUCUCCGAACACAACGAUCAGAGAGCGCGCGAGAAAUCCGCCGCAUUUGCAAAGAGUAUUCUCUCGCGAUGACAUCUCAAUCUGCUCAGACUUCCACCGACCUGCAACCACUCUCGAAACAUCUUCGAAUAUGGACAGAAACCGCCGACUUGGUCAAAGUUGGUUCUCCAUUGGAUAA